CUAGAGCCAGGAGUCGGUAAAGCUCCUCAACAUCCAGACUGGAAGCUUCAGCUCUCAGCCGAGCGGACCUGGCCAGGCUGCCCGGGUCUUCACUGACCAGCAGCAGCCUCUCUACCGCAUUUUCAGGAGGGGGUGUUGGACAGUGACGCUCAUGUGUAUUUACCCACCCGUGUAUCUGUGGGAAUAAGGACGGGAGUACCGAGCGAUGUCUGCGCCGGGUUUCACAAACCUGGGCAGCUCCGUCAGCUACAGCCAGAACUCAACGCCGAACGGUGGAGCUGCGCCCCCCUAUCAGAAUGGUCCAGCACAGACAUACCCAUCCAUGUAUCCACCUACAAGCUACUAUGGAGCCCCACCUCAACAACAGAGCUACCCCACCAUCCCUGCCCACUCCACUUCUGUUCCCAGCAAAGCGCCCAUUACGAACAGUGCCCACAGUGCUAACUACUAUCAGAACAACCAUCAGCCGCAGCAGCAGCAGCAGCACCAUCACCCCGCUCAGCACCAUGUAGCACCCUCCCCGUACAGUGCUCCCCCGAGGUCUGCCCCUCCUUCUCAGCCAUAUGCCACCCUCCCUUCUUCAGCACCUCCACCAUCAAACACCCAGUACAACCAACAGCCAUUCCAGCAGCAGCAUCCACCCUACGCCACUCCAGGAUCCUACUAUGGACAGCAGUCGUACCACGCUCCCCCUGCGCAGCAUCCUCCUCAACAACAGCAGCAGCAGCAGCAGCAGUCUAGUUUGGUUCCUGCACCAGCUAGUGGUCCCGGAGCUCCUCUCUACCCCAUCGUUUCGUACCCGUCGGCACCAGGGAGUAGCCAGUACGGCACCCUGAGUUCCUCGCAGAGCACCUCCACUUCUGGAGUCAUGCCCCUCCACAUGGGUGCACCCCUUCAUCAGUACAGCACGUCUCAGCCAGCCUCGACGACACCAGUGCAGCCGGGGUAUGGCGUGGCUCCUCCCAGUCAGAUGGCGCCAACGGUCAAUGGGCAAGGAAGCACAGCCCAGACCACAGUCCACCAACACUAUGACCAAAGCCACCAGGCACCUCAGAGCUAUGACUCCUACGGCAGGGUCACUCACAGCGCUGGUGGGGCAGACGCAGACCGACCGCCCUCAGGAACCCCCUCCACUUCAGUCCAUUCUUCACCGGGCCACCACCAAGGCAUGCAGUAUGGAUAUGUUGCUAAUAGUGGAGCUAGCUCUGCCUCUGCCGCCACCUCAGGCCCAGCAGCAGCCCCCUCGUCAUCCAGCUCUGAUGAUGAUGAUGAUGAGGAGGAGGAGGAUGAGGAAGCAGGUGGUGAUACUUCCUCCUCCACUACUGGCAGUGCGUCUCCGGUGCCCAACAGCUAUGAUUCUCUUGAAGGUGGCAGCUAUCCAGACUCGAUGCCACCCUCUAAUGAUAUGACCAACCAGGCUCAGCCCUAUGGUAGCUAUGGUUACCCCAACAUGCAGCCAGCCUAUCGGCAGGGACCGGCCUCCCACGCUGACGCUUCCCCGACUCACGACCUCUACGGCCAGGCGAGCUACCAGCAGUACUCCCAGCCCUUUCCGAACCUGUCCCAGCUGUCUGCGGCCCUGGGGGGGCUGAGUGGAGUGCCAGAGUUGGAGGUGGAGGCCCUGAGGCCGGUUAACCUGCUGCAGGAGAGGAACCUGCUGCCUCCCAGGCCCCUGGAGGCUCCUGAACCCAACCUCACCCCUGACCUCAAGAAGGUCAAUUGCAGUCCACAGACGUUCAGGUGUACGCUGACUAGCAUCCCUCAGACCCAGGCUUUACUCAACAAGGCCAGGCUUCCUCUGGGCCUCCUCCUUCACCCCUUCAGAGACCUACAGCAGUUACCAGUGAUCACGUCGAACACGAUAGUGCGCUGUCGCUCCUGUCGCACCUACAUCAAUCCCUUCGUCACCUUCCUGGACCAGCGCAGGUGGAAGUGUAACCUCUGCUACCGGGUGAACGAUGUCCCAGAUGAGUUUAUGUACAACCCAGUCACCAGGUCGUAUGGUGAGCCUCACAAAAGACCAGAGGUUCAAAACUCCACUGUGGAGUUCAUCGCCUCCUCGGACUACAUGCUGCGACCUCCUCAGCCGGCGGUCUACCUGUUUGUCCUCGAUGUGUCUCACAAUGCUGUGGAAGCAGGUUACUUGAAGUACUUCUGUGAAUCACUUCUUGAGAACCUGGAUAAGUUGCCCGGGGAUACACGCACCAGGGUGGGCUUCCUCACCUUCGACAGCACCAUCCACUUCUACAACCUCCAGGAGGGACUCUCCCAGCCGCAGAUGCUGGUGGUGUCAGACAUAGAUGAUGUCUUCAUACCGUCUCACGACAGCCUGAUGGUGAACCUAAAGGAGAGCAAAGAGCUGGUGAAGGACCUGCUGACCUCUCUGCCGGCCAUGUUCAGUCAGAGCAGGGAGACCCACAGCGCCCUCGGCCCGGCGUUACAGGCCGCCUUCAAGCUCAUGUCACCCACCGGGGGCCGCGUCACCGUUUUCCAGACCCAGCUGCCCACGCUGGGCGCUGGAAAGCUGCAGUCGAGGGAAGACCCCAACCAGCGCUCCAGCACCAAGGGAGUGCAGCACCUCGGCCCUGCCACAGACUUCUAUAAGAAACUCGCACUGGACUGCUCAGGACAACAGAUCGGGGUGGAUCUUUUCUUGCUCAGCUCCCAGUACGCCGACCUCGCCUCGCUAGCUUGUAUCUCCAAGUAUUCGGCGGGCAGCGUCUUUUACUACCCCUCCUUUCAUUACAUCCACAACCCGGCACAGCUGGAGAAAUUCCAAAAGGAUCUCGAGCGCUACCUCACCAGGAAGAUCGGCUUCGAGGCGGUUAUGAGAAUACGAUGCACUAAAGGUUUAUCCAUCCACACGUUCCACGGUAACUUCUUUGUGCGCUCCACCGACCUGCUGUCCCUGGCCAAUGUGAACCCAGACUCUGCCUUCGCUGUCCAGAUGUCGAUCGAAGACUCUCUGGCAGACUCAUCUCUGGCCUGCUUCCAGGCUGCUCUGCUCUACACCUCCAAUAAAGGAAAGAGACGCAUCCGAGUUCACACUCUGUGUCUGCCGGUCGUCAACCAGCUGAGCGACGUGUACGCUGGCGCUGACGUCCAAGCCAUCACUUGUCUGCUAGCCAACAUGGCCAUCGACCGGUCGAUAUCGUCCAACUUGUCAGACGCUCGGGACGCCCUGGUGAACGCGGUGGUGGACUUGGUGACCGCCUACAAGAGCAACGUGUCGAACCUGCAGCAGUCCGGCCUCGUCGUCCCCGCCUCCAUGCGUCUGUUCCCGCUCUACAUCCUGGCUCUGCUCAAACAGAAAGCGUUGCGGACGGGCACCAGCACGCGGCUGGACGAGCGGGUCUUCGCCAUGUGCGAGUUCAAGACGCAGCCGCUGCAGCAGCUGAUGAGGAUGGUUCAUCCCGACCUGUACAGGAUGGACAACAUGUCAGACCAGGGGGCGCUCCAUCUGAACGACACAGUGGUUCCACAACCUCAUCUGCUCCACCUGUCUGCGGAGAGGCUGAGCAGAGAUGGAGCUUUCCUCAUGGACUGUGGCAACGUGUUUUACCUGUGGAUCGGAAAAUGCUGCAACGAGAUGUUCAUACGAGACGUUCUGGGCUGCCCCAACUACGCUUCAGUCCCCCCCAACAUGGGGUCAAUGCAGAGCCCCAGAGCCACCAACAAAAACCCCCACGUCAAACCACAGAGUCACAUUCCCGAGCUGGAGACUCCUCUGUCCGAGAGGGUGCGAGCGUUCCUCGACUGGCUGCAGGACAACAGAGCGUUCAGCUCGACAAUACACGUAGUCAAGGACGAUGCUUCGGCUAAAGCCACUUUCUUCCAGCACCUGGUGGAGGAUCGGUCCGAGUCGGCUUUGUCCUACCACGAGUUCCUGCAGCACGUUCAGCUGCAAAUGUCCAAGUAGGCUCCCAUCACACUGAGAGACACUCAGACCGAGUGCGAGGACGGAUUCACAGCCUCGUAGAGCGAAAACUAGCGUUAGCCAAUGACGGACACCCAUCGCGUCCUCAGAACCAGUUUUAGCGAAGGUUGGUCACCUCCCCUUCCUUUUAAACCCGUCUUAUUAAACAAAUCAACCCUCGAAGCUCCUCGGUCAUCUGUGAUUUGACCAUCAGAAGGGGAGGAAGGGAGGGUGAUAGUUGUAGAAAAGAAUAAAGGAUUAUGGGAGUAAAUGAAUAAAUGAAUGAAUGAAGGAAACAGGGAUUUGUUACAUGUGAAAAUGAAUUAUUGAAAACGCUCCUCCAGCGUCUCCUCGCUGCCUCCGAACCACGGUCAAACCCCGUUUAGCCUCUCGUCAGAUCCAUCACUCAUGAGAAAAGGGAGGGGGGAGAGAAAGUCGAGCCAAGAAGAUGCCACUUCAGUACGUUUUUUAGUUUAAUUUGUUUCCGUGAGCCUCACAUGUAGCUAGUGCUGUCUUUUUUUAUUUUAUAAAUUAUUCCCUUCCCGUCACUCCCUCAGUUUGAUCGUUAAGACCAUUUUGAAUACACUGGAGAACAGAAACAUGCAUUCCUUCUGUUGCUUUUCGGCAUGUGCUUUGAAACACGCAUGUCACCGUUUUGUUUGCUGCUAGUCCGAGGAUAGACGACGACCGGGAACAUUAUUUCAACAAGUGGUUGGACGUUGUUUGGAAAAAGAAAAAGAAAAAAAAGCCUCCCGUCGGCUCCCUCUUCUCUGCUCCGCUUUAUGAACUGAUUUUGUCGAGCUCAGACAAAACAAAAGGCCCCAACUGUCAACAAUCUUACCCUCAUUUGUUUGUUUUAUUUUGUUUCUCCGGGCGCUAACUCGAGUUGCUAUCCACUUUGUAACUAUUGAAAAGAAUCUUUUAUGUGCGAUAAUUUAUGAACCAGCUUAUUAAAUAAAAAACAAAAACAGAA